UUAUCGCAUUCAGGAGAACAAAUCCGGCAAGCUUUAGAUAUCGGUUUUGAAUAAUUUUUCAGUACCUUUAGUUUACUUCUUUGUUUCAUUCACUCAUUCACUCAUUUACUCAUUAUAGUUAACCAUGCAGAGUCACCACGAUAGUCAUCAUAAUAUUCAAAUCAAAGAGACUUUCCUUGUUGGAAGAGCUCUUUUGAAUUUUACGUCAAUCUUUGUAUCGUUGGGAGUAUUCAUCUUUGGGUUUGAACAAGGUUUAAUGUCAUCACUAUUGACAAACACUCAUUUUAAAGAUUAUUACAAAAAUCCAACACCAGUAGAAAUAGGUACUAUGAUAGCUAUUUUGGAAAUUGGUGCACUUUUCUCAUCUUUUUAUGCUGGCAAAAUUGGUGAUAAAGUAGGAAGAAGACGUACUAUUCGAUAUGGAUCAUUCAUUUUUGUCAUUGGUGGACUUAUUCAAGGUACUUCUAUAAAUAUCAAUAAUUUAGCACUUGGAAGAUUGAUAAGUGGUAUUGCUAUAGGAUUUUUAACUACAAUUAUACCAUGUUAUCAAUCAGAGAUAAGUCCAGCUGAUGAUAGAGGAUUUUACGCAUGUUUAGAAUUUACAGGAAAUAUUAUUGGAUAUUCUACUUCAAUUUGGACAGAUUUCGCAUUCUCUUAUAUAGAUAAUGACUAUAGUUGGAGAUCUCCAUUAUUACUUCAAUGUUUUGUUGGUACAUUAUUGUGGUUAGGAAGUUUUGUUAUUGUAGAAACUCCAAGAUGGUUAUUAGAUCAUAAUCAUGAUAUUGAAGGGAUGAUCGUUAUUGCUGAUUUAUAUGGAGAUGGAGAUGUAGAAGAUGAGUUUGCUGUUUCUGAAUAUAGAAAUAUGAAAGAAAGUAUUCUUUUAGCCAGAAUUGAAGGAGGUGAAAGAUCAUAUCAAUACUUAUUUACCAAGUAUGCAAAAAGGUUAUCAAUUGCUUGUUUCUCUCAAAUGUUUGCCCAAAUGAAUGGUAUUAAUAUCAUUUCUUAUUAUGCUCCUAUGAUUUUUGAAUCAGCUGGAUGGGUUGGAAGACAAGCAAUUUUAAUGACUGGAAUAAAUUCAAUUAUAUAUAUUUUUAGUACUAUACCUCCAUGGUAUCUUGUGGAUAAUUGGGGUCGUAAACCUCUUCUUUUAUCUGGUGCCAUAUUAAUGGGAAUCCCAUUAUAUGUUAUUGCAUAUUCAUUAUAUCUUAAUAAUGAAUAUACUCCAUCUGUUGUUGUUAUAAGUGUUAUAAUUACCAAUGCUGCCUUUGGUUAUAGUUGGGGUCCUGUACCAUGGUUAAUGAGUGAAGUUUUCCCUAAUAGUGUUAGAUCAAAAGGGGCAGCCAUGUCAACUGCUACUAAUUGGUUAUUUAAUUUCAUUGUUGGAGAAAUGACCCCGAUUUUAUUAGAUGUGAUUAAAUGGAAAACUUAUUUGAUUCCAGGAACCUCUUGUUUGAUAUCUUUCUUAGCUGUUGAAUUCUUAUUUCCAGAAACAAAAGGGUUAUCACUUGAAGAUAUGGGAUCAGUGUUUGAUGAUAAUUCUUCUGUAUUCUCCUUCCAUUCUGGUUAUGGAGCUACUAGUGAAUCUAGUAGAGGUAGAAGUGGAUCUGUUAAUGCUGCGACAAAUACUACUGCUGCUUCUCUUGCUAGAAAUCCUUCCCUGAUGAGACCUGUAACUUCAGAGUCUGCAAAUUUAUUAUCGAUUGGUCCAAGUCAACCACCAAUAAUUCCAAGUUCCAAUGUUUCAGUAGGAGGAGGUUUUAAAUCUGAUGCUUCAUCUUCUUCAGCAGCUUCAGUAGAAGGUAUAUUACCAUUUUCAACCAUCCCACAAGAGAUUGAGCCACCAACCUUUGAUGAGAUUUAUCAAUACAAAUUGAAAGAAAUUCAAAAUACUAACUAUAAUCCAUUUAAGUGGAUGUAUAAUUCAAUAUUCCUGCCUUUGGAAAAGAACAAUACAGAUGAAGAGAGCCAAUUGAUUCCUAAUAGAAAUUAGAUAGAUUACGCUUAUAAAUCAACAAAUAAAUAAAUAAAUAAAUAAAUAAAUAAAUA